CUUAAAAUUCUUGAUAUAAAUUAAUAAUAUAAUUUGAAAGAAGAAAUUGACAUCAUCUUGACUCUGUAAGGUCCGGGGUAUUAAAAACAUAAUAAAAUGUCAGAAUAUUGAAGAGUUCAUACAAAAGUAAACAAAUAAAACACAAUCAUAAUAUAUUAUUUUAUAAUACACAUACAUGCACGUUGAGUAAUUUUGCAGUACAAUGCUUAUAAAUGCGACCGUGUUGAAUUCUUAUCAGUUUCUUAUGUCAUAAAUUUAUGCAAAACCGGAAAAAGAUAAACAACGAUAACAGUGAAAAAUAGCAAAUAAAUAAUUAAUAACUUUUGGUAAAAAGCUUGUUUAUACAUAUGUUUACGCAGAUUAUACAAAUUCUUUCAUACUGGGAUAUCUGUUGUCAAGAACUUUUCAAUAAAAGUAAUAUCAAUCUGCUAUUAUCGGCGUAAAUAUCAAAGUUCAACGGUGGAAACAUCAAAAACCACACAGCACGAAAAUAAAGAAGUCGCCUUUUUUGUCAACAGAAAAAUAAAUUUGAAUAAUAUGUCUCUUGGAAAAUUAGUGGGAUCCAUUGAUGAAGGAACAACAUCAGCCCGUUUUAUGAUUUUUCGAGCCGGUACCAACAAUGUCGUUUGUUAUCACCAAAUUCCCGUACCAUCUAUUUAUCCGCAGGAAGGAUGGGUGGAACAAGAUCCUAUUGUUAUAUAUAAUGUGGUAAUUGAGUGCAUUGAGGAAGCCGUAAAGAAACUCCAGAAACUAGGAGGUUCGGUUGAGGACAUCGUUGCUAUAGGUAUUACUAACCAAAGGGAAUCAACUAUUGUUUGGGAUCGGGAGACGGGUAGACCAUUACAUAAUGCCAUUAUUUGGCUAGAUAAUCGCACAUCUAGUACGGUUGAUGAACUAGUUGAGACAAUACCAAACAAAUCACGUAAUAUCAAUUAUUUAAAACCGCUAUGUGGUCUCCCCCUUUCCCCGUAUUUCUCUGCGUUGAAAAUGCGUUGGAUGCGCGACCAUGUUGGAGAAGUUCAAAGGGCCAUGGAAGCCAAUAACUGUCAAGUUGGGACAGUCGAUACUUGGCUGAUUUAUAAAUUGACAGGAGGUCCUAAUGGAGGGGUUCACCUAACUGAUGUGACAAAUGCCUCUCGUACCAUGCUAAUGAACAUAGAGACGUUAAGAUGGGACCCACAUCUGUUGCGGUUUUUUGGCUUACCACUUUCUAUGUUACCACAAAUACGUUCAAGUGCAGAGCAUUAUGGUGAUGUAACGGUUGGCAUUUUAAAAGGUGUCCCCAUUACGUCAUGUUUAGGAGAUCAACAGGCGGCACUUGUAGGCCAACAAUGCUUAAGCCAUGGGCUUGCCAAAUCCACGUAUGGAACGGGAUGUUUUCUUCUCUAUAAUACGGGAACAUCAAUGGUGCAAUCCAAGCAUGGUUUAUUAACAACAGUCGGGUAUCAAUUGGGACCACGAGCUCCGCUAAUGUAUGCAUUAGAAGGUAGUGUUGCGAUUGCUGGCGCGGCCAUAAAUUGGAUGAAAAAUAAUUUGGAGUUAUUCGAUUCGGUUAGUCAAGUUGAAGAGAUGGCCAGCAAAGUCGAUAACUCUUUAGAUGUUUAUUUUGUUCCGGCAUUCAGUGGACUGUAUGCACCAUAUUGGAAUCAAGAGGCUCGCGGUGUCAUUUGUGGUUUGAGUGAAGAAACAACCAGUGAACAUAUUGUACGUGCUACUCUUGAGGCUAUCUGCUUUCAAGUACGAGACAUUUUAGAAUCAAUGCGUAAAGACUGUGGCAUACCAAUGACGAAAUUAAUGGUUGAUGGUGGUAUGACCGCGAAUAAUUUAUUUUUACAAUUGCAAGCCGAUCUGGUAGGCAUUAGUGUGGUUCGCGCUAAAAUGCAAGAAACAACUGCUUUGGGAGCGGCUUUGGCGGCUUAUAUGGUUGUAAAACCUAGCUUUGACAUCACUGCACCGCUUGCUGGCAGCUCAGGUCAAAUGACCACUUUUAAACCAACUAUUGGAAAUCACGAAAGGAAUAUGCGUUACAAAAAGUGGAAAAUGGCUGUGGAACGUUGUAUGAAUUGGGAUACUUCAACAUUGACCGAAGCUUCGAAACUCGACUUCUAAGUUUCGGAUAGUGAAUAACUUUUUUCUGUUUUAAAUUUACAUGCUUAUGAAAUGUUGAGUUCUAAAUUCAUCCAAAUAAAAAAAAAUCGGUUUUUAGU